AAUAUAGUCUCUAACACUAAUCUCUAAAAUUAAAAUGAGCAUGCUUUAUUUGCCAGUUGGCUAUACCUUUGGAACCAUGCUCUUGCUCGCUUUAUAAGGACAGGCCGCCUAGCUUCGAUUGUUCCAACAGUAGAAACGAUGAUUUGGUUAUGGAAAUGUCGUGCGUGGAAGCUCCUACUUGUCUGCGUAGCGGCCAUGGCAAUGUCGACUGCUUUAUGUUACUCCAAGUGUAAAUAUGAGGCAAUUUUCAACUUCGGCGAUUCAAAUUCGGACACUGGUGGAUUUUGGGCAGCAUUUCCGGCGCAGUCUGGUCCUUUUGGCAUGACCUUCUUCAAGAGACCCGCUGGUCGCGCUUCCGAUGGCCGGCUAAUUGUUGAUUUCUUAGCUCAAGCUCUAGGAUUCCCAUUUCUGAGUCCAUACCUGCAAUCAAUUGGAUCUGAUUACAGACACGGGGCAAAUUAUGCUACGCUGGCAUCUACCGUGCUCUUGCCAAAUACUUCCUUAUUUGUUACUGGUAUCAGCCCCUUUUCUCUUGCUAUUCAGCUCAACCAAAUGAAGGAAUUCAAAGUUAAAGUCGAUGAGUUUCAUGCCACCAAUCAAACAGGAUCAACUCUUCUUCCAGCACCAGACGUUUUUGGUAAAUCUAUAUACACAUUGUACAUUGGUCAGAAUGAUUUCACUUCCAAUUUAGGAGCUAUUGGUAUAAGUGGAGUCAAGCAGUAUCUUCCUCAAGUAGUUGGACAAAUCCUUUGGACUAUCAAAGAGCUAUAUGCGUUAGGAGGGCGUACCUUUCUGGUUCUAAAUCUUGCACCAGUUGGCUGUUAUCCUUCAUUGUUGGUAGGGCUUCCUCACAACAGCUCAGACAUCGACACAUUCGGUUGCCUCAUCUCUUACAAUAGUGCAGUGGUGGACUACAAUAACAUGUUGCAGCAGGAACUAAAGGAAGCUAGAAAGGAACUCCCUAAUGCUUCCCUUGUAUAUGUAGACAUUCAUGCAAUUCUGCUAGAGCUGUUCCAGCAUCCCACCUCUCAUGGGUUCAAAUAUGGCCCUAAAGCAUGUUGUGGGCAUGGGGGAGGUGCCUACAAUUUUGAUUCUCAAGUUUUUUGUGGAAAUACCAAAGUAAUAAAUGGGACCAAUGUGACAGCAUCAGCUUGUGAUGAUCCUUACAACUAUGUAAGCUGGGAUGGAAUCCAUGCCACUGAAGCAGCAAACAAGUUUAUUACAAUGGCAAUCAUCAAUGGCUCUUAUUCUGAUCCUCCUUUUUCUCUUCAGCACUGUGACCUCCACCAUAUUGACAAGUCCAUUAACUAAUCAACGCACAAAAUUCAACUGCUUUGGAUCCUAAUAAAUUUCCUUAUGCUGUUAAUUUAUUGGUAAUACCCAAAUCUCUGAGUUAGCAAGAAAUUGUGGCAUGUCUUGUUCUCAGAAUUAGAAUGGAACAGAGCAUUUUAGCUCGUUAACCUUCGCUGCACUUGGAUUUUGUUUAUAGCUGCUCUUUUUGUCCUUUCUUUCUG